GCCCAAGACCGCGCGCUGAGGCGUGUGGUGCGCGACCUCACCCGCCCGCCUCGGUCCCCGCCCCUUGGUCUGCCGCUCCGCCCCCGCGGGGCGUCCCGGGCCGCUCGUCCCCUCCGCGGCGGCCGCGCGCGGCCCGGGGUCGCCCAGCAGACCUGAAGAGACGAUCAGUUUCCCUUGACUUCUGCAGUGAAAGACCUUGAAAAAGGUGGCACUUCCAGCCUAAGCUGCCCACUUCCAGCCUAAGCUGCCCUCAUUCUACCGCUCACCCCAAGACAACCCAGGCUGGACUGAAGUGCUUUCCUCUUCAGCAUUUGACUGUUUCCAAUCUAAAAGAACCCAAGUCCCAACUUCAUAAUUGGCACCUCAGCUGCUCUUGAAGGACAGUGACUUAUUACCACUACAACAGAGCCUGCCACCUCCAGCAGAUUGCUAGCACUUAUGACAUCAUCCCCUUCCUUAUCUCAUUCUGUGGUCUCCUAAAUGCUCAUCUCGUUGGCCUGGGUUCAAUUGGUGGUAUGGAGGGGUGCUGCUUAGCACUGACCUGAGAGUGUGUGUGAAACCCACUGACCCAAUGGACAUCAAAGGCCAGUUCUGGAAUGAUGAUGAUUCAGAAGGAGACAAUGAAUCAGAGGAAUUUCUGUAUGGAGUUCAGGGGAGCUGUGCAGCUGACCUAUAUAGACACCCACAGCUUGAUGCAGACAUUGAAGCAGUGAAAGAGAUCUACAGUGAGAACUCCGUGUCCAUCAGAGAGUAUGGAACUAUCGAUGAUGUGGACAUUGACCUGCACAUCAACAUCAGCUUCCUCGAUGAGGAAGUAUCUACAGCUUGGAAGGUUCUUCGGACAGAACCGAUUGUGUUGAGGCUACGGUUUUCUCUCUCUCAAUACCUUGAUGGACCAGAGCCAUCAAUUGAGGUUUUCCAGCCAUCGAAUAAAGAAGGGUUUGGGUUAGGUCUUCAGUUGAAAAAAAUCCUGUGUAUGUUUACAUCCCAACAAUGGAAGCAUCUGAGCAAUGAUUUCUUGAAGACCCAGCAGGAGAAGAGGCACAGUUGGUUCAAGGCAAGUGGUACCAUCAAGAAGUUCCGAGCUGGCCUCAGCAUCUUCUCACCCAUUCCCAAGUCUCCCAGUUUUCCUAUCAUACAGGACUCCAUGCUGAAAGGUAAACUGGGUGUACCAGAGCUUCGAGUUGGACGCCUUAUGAAUCGUUCCAUUUCUUGCACCAUGAAGAACCCAAAAGUAGAGGUGUUUGGCUAUCCCCCCAGCCCCCAGGCAGGUCUCCUGUGCCCCCAGCACGUGGGCCUCCCUCCCCCAGCACGGACUUCUCCUUUGGUCAGUGGUCACUGCAAGAACAUCCCCACCCUGGAAUAUGGAUUCCUUGUCCAGAUGAUGAAGUAUGCAGAGCAGAGGAUCCCAACGUUGAACGAGUACUGUGUGGUGUGUGACGAGCAGCACGUCUUCCAGAACGGGUCCAUGCUCAAGCCAGCUGUCUGUACUCGUGAGUUAUGCGUCUUCUCCUUUUACACACUGGGAGUCAUGUCUGGAGCUGCAGAAGAAGUGGCUACAGGAGCAGAGGUGGUAGAUCUGCUGGUGGCCAUGUGUAGAGCAGCUUUGGAGUCCCCUAGAAAAAGCAUCAUCUUCGAGCCUUAUCCCUCUGUGGUGGACCCCACUGAUCCCAAGACUCUGGCCUUUAACCCUAAGAAGAAGAAUUAUGAGCGGCUUCAGAAAGCUCUGGAUAGUGUGAUGUCCAUCCGGGAGAUGACCCAGGGCUCAUAUUUAGAAAUCAAGAAACAGAUGGACAAACUGGAUCCCUUGGCCCAUCCUCUUCUGCAGUGGAUAAUUUCUAGCAACAGGUCACACAUUGUCAAACUACCUCUCAGCAGGCUGAAGUUCAUGCACACCUCACACCAAUUCCUCCUGCUGAGCAGCCCUCCUGCCAAGGAGGCUCGGUUCCGGACAGCCAAGAAGCUCUAUGGAAGCACCUUCGCUUUCCAUGGGUCCCACAUUGAGAAUUGGCAUUCAAUCCUGCGCAAUGGGCUGGUCAAUGCGUCCUACACCAAACUGCAGCUGCAUGGAGCAGCCUAUGGCAAAGGCAUCUACCUGAGCCCCAUCUCCAGUAUUUCCUUUGGAUACUCAGGAAUGGGCAAAGGACAGCACAGGAUGCCUUCCAAGGAUGAGCUGGUCCAGAGGUACAACAGGAUGAACACCAUCCCCCAGACCCGAUCCAUUCAGUCAAGGUUCCUGCAGAGUCGGAAUCUCAACUGUAUAGCACUUUGUGAAGUGAUUACAUCUAAGGACCUCCAGAAGCAUGGGAACAUUUGGGUGUGCCCUGUGUCUGACCAUGUCUGCACAAGGUUCUUCUUUGUAUAUGAGGAUGGGCAGGUGGGCGAUGCCAACAUUAAUACUCAGGACCCCAAGAUACAGAAGGAAAUCAUGCGUGUGAUCGGAACUCAGGUUUACACAAACUGAGGGGCCCAGCCCUCGAACCACCCUGUUUCCCCAGGAUCCAUCUGCCCUUGUAAGAGAGCUCAGGAGCAGCCAGGGAGGCUGCCCUGAGGAGUUCAAGGGGGCAAGAACAGGAUAGAAGAGGUGGCCUUCAUGGUGGAGAUUGAUCCAGGAACUGCUCCACAUUGGACGGCCCUGACUGACUCCUACCCCUGAUUUGCCCAAUUGACUUCACCCUGUUUGUAAAUAAAACAAUAAAAUGGAAGGUGCUGUGGACUGGA